UUGCAGUAUUUAAACGCAUAGCUCUAUGUAAUUUCGAUUUCUAGUGGCUUGUCACCGUGUUAUAGCAAUAAUAAUAUACACACCGACUUACCAACUCAAUACAAGAAAUCCAAUCGUAAGCCGUACGUGGUUCACAUUCGAUUGUAUCAUUUGUUUUCACUGUACGAACGCGAAUAAUGGCUCCUAACGCAGACGCCGCUGAUGGCCCAAAGUUCUACGACGACGAUGAUGUCGUGAUUUCGGGUAUCUCUGGUCGCUUCCCGAAUUGCGAUACGUUCGAAGAGUUCAAACAAAAACUGUUCGAUGGCACUGACAUACUUGAAAAAGAACAGGGCAGAUGGCCGGAAGGCAUUUGCGGUGCAGUAACUAAGAUUGGAGUAUUGAAUAAUUUGACGAAAUUCGAUUCGACAUUUUUCAAUGUACAUCCUAAAUUGGCCGAAAGGUUGGACCCACAGAUCCGUACCAUGUUGGAAAGUACAUAUGAAGCAUUUGUCGAUGCCGGUAUGAACCCGACAUCUUUGAGAGGAUCGAACACCGCAGUGAUUGUGUCAACUACAAACAACGAUUACGCUGAUUGGUGGUCUGCUGAUCCCACCAGAGUAAACGGUUACGAGUUUUUAGGUUGUACCAGAACCAUGUUCCCAAAUCGUAUUUCAUACUCGUUCGAUCUGAAAGGGCCCAGUUAUGCCUGUGAUUCUGGAUCUUCGGGUAGUUUGGUGGCUUUUGAACAGGCAUAUCGAAUGCUUAAGACCGGAGCGGUAGAUGGUGUAAUAGUUGCCGGAUGUUCGUUGUUGCUCAAUCCCGUAUUAUCGGUCAUGUUGCAGAAGAUGAACACCAUAUCACCAGACGGCAAGAGCAGGCCUUUUGAUGCCUCGGGCCAAGGAACCGCUCGUACCGACGCCGUUGUCAUCGUGUACUUGCAGAAAGCCAAAGAUGCCAAACGGGUGUACGCCACCGCCGUGAGUGCACGCUCCAACACCGAGGGCUUCCGUUUAGAAGGACCCAUUUAUCCGACUAACAAUCAACAGAUCGCAUUGUUCCGUGAAGCCUUGGACAUCGCCAAAAUCAGUCCCGCCGAUGUCGACUACAUCGAAAGCAGCGCUUGCGGUGACCUGUUAGGCGAUGCUCAGGAACUCAACGCUGUCACUGAAGUGUACUGUAAAGACCGCAAAAAACCACUGUUGAUCGGAUCUGUAAAAUCGAACAUGGGGGAUGGUGAACCGGCUUCCGGACUUUGUGGUGUCGUCAAAACUGUGUUGGCCAUGGAUCGUCAGGAAAUACCACCAACUCUCCACUACAGCUCCCCAAACCCCAGGGUCCCAGCCCUGAAAGACGGCCGCCUGGUUGUUGUCGAUAAACCUUUGUCGUGGAAUGGAAAGUAUGCAGCUGUGAACGCAGUAGGUAUUGGUGGACACAAUGCCCAUGCUGUGUUAAAGGCUAAUGAGAAGCAAAAGAAAUCACUAGCCCAGGAUCCUAUUCCCCGCCUGGUUAUUGGAUCUGCUAGAACCGAAAGUGCUAUCAAUUACCUAUUGGAUAAAGUCGAAAGCUUGCCCAGAGAUCCCGAGUUUUACGGUCUGUUGUACGGAGUUCACGGUCAAAAUAUUCCGGGCCAUAUUUACAGAGGAUACAGCAUUCUCGACGAGAAAGAUGCCCGUGAAGCAGCGACCCUUGGAGUGGGCAAACGCCAAGUGUGGUACGUUUUCUCCGGAAUGGGAAGUCAAUGGACUGGCAUGGGCCGUGACUUGUUAGCUUUGCCGGCAUUCCGUGAGUCGAUCGAAAAGACCGCAAAUACCCUGAAAAAUCUUGGGUUAGACAUCUACGCUAUUUUCAACUCAAACGACAAGACAGUCUUCGACAAUGUAUUGAAUUCGUUCGUCGGAAUUGCCGCCAUACAGAUCGCUUUGGUCGAUGUACUUACCGCUGUCGGUAUUACACCCGAUGGAAUCAUAGGACACUCGGUUGGAGAAUUAGCUUGCGCAUAUGCUGAUGGAACAUUGACGGCUGAACAGACCAUUAUCGUCGCCUACUGGAGAGGUCGCAGUCUUUUAGAUCUAAACUUAGCCCCCGGUGCUAUGGCUGCAGUUGGGUUAUCUUGGGAAGAAGCCAAUGCUCGAGUUCCUUCCGACAUCGCUGUGGCUUGCCAUAACAGCGAAGACGGUGUCACGAUUUCCGGGCCACCAGAUUCAAUCGCAAAAUUCGUAAACCAAUUAAAAUCUGAAGGUGUGUUUGCAAGGGAAGUCAACAGUUCUGGAAUCGCUUUCCAUUCAUGGUACAUUGCUGCUGCAGGACCUUUAUUCAAGGAAAAAGUUGCAGGCAUCAUUUCAAACCCAAAAAUGAGGUCAGUUAAGUGGAUCAGUACAUCUAUUCCGGAAUCCAGGUGGAGUGAACCGUUGGCACAAUAUUCAUCUGUGGCAUACCACGUAAACAACUUGGUGUCUCCAGUUUUGUUCAAUAGUGCAUUGAAACACGUACCUGACAACUCAGUGGUCAUUGAAAUCGCUCCACACGCGCUCCUCCAAGCCAUUUUGAAACCAAGCGUUGGUUCUAAAUGUACUCACGUAGGUCUGGUGCGUAGAAAUAAUUCUACAGUAGUGAAUUUGUUGUCCAGCAUUGGAAACCUAUACAACGCUGGUCUGCAUCCGAAAAUUGAAAAUCUGUACCCAGCAAUCAACUAUCCCGUGUCUAAGGGCACAGCAUCGCUGCAACAGUUGGUCGAAUGGGAUCAUUCCGACGAUUGGGAUGUGAUAACUUUUAUUGACAACGAAGUUGUAUCGUCUGGUGAAAUCAUAUUAAAUGUGGACACCGAAAACGAAAGGUACAGCCACCUUAGGGGCACAUAUAUCGAUGGUGUCGAAUCUCUUCCGUAUGCGUCAUACCUCACAUUUGUAUGGCACGCUCUAGCUAAACUGCAAAAGUCGUAUGUUGAAAAAAUCCCUGUUGUAUUCGAUAACGUUCAAUUCUUUAAAAUAUUACCUAUUCCGGAAAACGGAAAAUUCAAAUUUACCAUUAUCGUUUUGGAGGGAAGUGGAGAAUUCGAAAUUAGAGAAAGCGAUGUUGUUGUAGCAUCAGGUUUCAUUCAUAUUCAAACAUCCGAUGAACAGACGCAAUUACCAGAAAUUAAAUCGUACGAAGUCGAUCAGUUAUCUACCGCUGAUGUUUAUCAAGAGCUUUCGUGCAAGGGUUAUAAGUACAGUGAAAGCUUCCAAGGCAUCAACUUGGCCAGUAACAACGGUGAUUGUGGACGUAUCGCUUUCAAUGGAAAAUGGGCACCAUUCAUCGAAUCACUAUUGCAACUGCAUCUGUUGAAACUCGACACAAGAGAUCACUACACCAUUAAAUAUUUAUUCAAACUGAGCAUUUAUCCAAACAAACAAAACGAAUUUGUGGCUUCUAAUAGCGCGUCAUUCAGUGUUUACGAAAAUAUUGGCGUGAUUAAGUCUGCUGGAGUAGAAAUUAGAGACAUCAGGUCUACAUUGGUCCCCGUCCGAAAAGAAUUACAACAAGAUUUCGAUUUGGAGUCUUAUACAUUUUUGCCAUUUAUUUUGGAUGAACCAGUUGAUGAACCACUCAAAAAUAUCGUACAAAUUGUAUUGGAAAAUGCUUAUGAAUCUUUUAACGUAUCAGAAGUACUAACAUCAUCUCAACAAGAACAUUUGGUUCCGAAAAUCUUAAGUCUUAUCAACGCAAAAUCUUUAUUCCACAUCAACGCUCAAGUGUAUGCUAAAGAUGUAAGCCAAUACCAAUCAGAGAAAUUUAUAACUUACUAUGAACAAGACUUGACAACCAGUGCUUUAGAAAACCAAUCAUUCUUUGUAGUAGCAAACAGCGCAAUUGAUAACAAACAACUAUUGAACAACAUACUAUCCGGUGUUCAAAGCGGAGGUUUCUUGCUAACUGUAGAACACCAAUUUGAUUCAAAAUUCAGACAAGUUGGAGUAGACGUAAUCGCAAAGUAUACAGACGGUCAAAAUUUGUAUAUUUUGUUGAAAAAAAACAUCGAAUCACCCUCUCCAGUUGUACUAUCUGUUGGAAAUUCAUUAUCCUGGGUCGAGUUAUUGAAACAGAACAUUAAAAACUCUAACAAUGACAAUAGAGAUGUUUUUGUGAUCAGUCAAAAUUUGGAAAACACUGGAGUAAUAGGAUUAACGAAGGGUUUGAGACAAGAACCAAAUGGCAAAUUUGUCAAAUGUGUGUCAAUUAAAGACAACAAGGCGCCCUUGUUUUCCGUGUCACUUCCGUUAUAUCAAGAACAACUUAAGAAAGGACUGGCCGUUAAUAUGUUCUUAGGCGGUGUUUGGGGAACGUGUGUAUUCGUUCCGUACAAACCAGCCAAAGUUCAGGUAGAGCAUGCUUACAUAAAUACCACAAAAGCUGGUGAUGUCAAUAGUUUGCAAUAUAUAGAAGGAAAACUAUCAACUUUCAACCCCAAAGAAUAUCCAGAUUAUGAUCUAUACUACCCGUAUUACGUUCCUCUCAAUGGUUUGGACGUCAAAAUGGUAAAGGGCGCUCUUCAGGGUAAUGGAAUUUCCGGAGAUAUAGCACAACAAGGUAGCUACCUAGGCAUGGAGUUCUCCGGCCGCAACGCCAAUGGUAAGAGAGUAAUCGGUUUGGUGCCCGGUGGUGCUUUGGCCACUUCAGUUUUAGCCCAUAAAGAUCUUGUCUGGCAAGUGCCUGAUUCGUGGUCUUUGGAAGAAGCUUGUACCGUGCCAAGAACCUACAGCUUAGCCUACUACGCUCUAGUCGUUCGUGGAAACGUCCAAUCGGGUGAAUCUGUGUACGUGCACGCCGGCGCUAGUGGAAUAAGCACAGCCGCCAUCGCUGUGGCUCUUGAACUGGGAGCCAUUCCAUACGUAGGAGUAUUUAACAAGGAGCAAAUAGCGUUCUUGAAAUCGCGAUUCCCCCAACUGAACGAUGACAGUUUUGCCGAUCUGGUCAAUGGUGGUUUCGAACAACAUUUACUAGAACAGACCCAAGGCCAGGGAGUCGAUCUGAUAUUUGAUACUUACUCAGCGUACGACAAACGCCAAGAUUUCGUCAAUUCAUUGGCCGAGUAUGGCCGCCUGGUGGACUUCGAAGUUUUCGCACCUGUGUCUGAUUCAUUAGGGGUAUCUGGAAACUUAAAGAGCAUAACGUAUAGCAAGAUAUCGUUUAGCACCAUUCACUUUUCUCCAUCCGAAAUCAAAUAUAUCCAAAAAUUAAUAGAACAAGGUAUUCGUAAUAAUAAAGUACAGCCACUUUCAACCACCGUUUUCCCCGCAAGUGAGGCGGUCGAAGCAUUCAAGUAUAAUGCAAGUUGCGCUAACAAUUUGGGAAGAAUUGUUAUUGAAAUCCGUAAAGAGGAAGAAAAGGUCAACGCACUUCCAGCCAAGAUAACCGUGGCUGCAUCACCCAAAUUGUUCUACACACCCGAAAAAGUCUUUGUCGUUAGCGGAGACGAAGACAGCUUGAGCUUGGAAUUGAUUCAACAUCUAGCUCAAAGAGGAGCCCGCAAAUUUGUUUUAGUGUCGAAAUUGAACAACAAACCUCAGUCAGGUUACAAGACGUUGACCUUAAGACGGUUGAAGAACAAGAACGUUACCGUAGUCCUAUCGUUUGAUGACCCAUCAACAGUGAGAGGCGCUGAAGACGUACUGAGAGAAGCUGUAGCCCUCGGAACAGUCUGUGGUAUUUACCACAUAACCACCGCUCCGGAAACUAAACACUUGCGAUCCCUGAGCGAAAAGGAUUUCGCAGAGACGAAAAAAGUCGUGUCUGAGGCGGUUGCCAAUUUGGACACACUGAGCAGGAGAUUGAUUCCCCAACUUGAAUCGUUUGUUGUCCUUGCUCCGGCCGUCGCAUCAAGAGGAGCUAAAGCCAAGUCCAACUACGUUUUCGCAAACGCAGAUGUUAUCAGAGUCGCUGAAGUCCGUAAAGCUUCGGGCUAUCCAACAGUAGUCAUAGAAUACGGCGCAAUCGAAGGUAUUUCGAAUGCGUUCAACAGUCCAAACUUCAAACCAGCGUCGAUCGUUUCAGCGUUGAAUGUUCUGGAUGAAAUUACCAAACAACCACAAAAUCCAACAGUCGUGUCCUUCUCAAAAUUCAACGGUCCAAUUUAUGAAGAAACAGAUGCCGCCACUCCAUUGUUGAAGACAAUUGCCAAGAUUUUCGGUUACAAGAAACUGUCCCAAAUUGAACAGACCUUUAAUCUCACUCAACUUGGCCUGGACACGUUCCUCGCACCACGCGUUCAAGAAGCCAUCAGACAACAAGCCAACGCAGUCAUCGAAGUAGAAGAACUAAGAACACUGACGUUCCCGGCUCUCCGGGCCAAGAUCAUCGAAUUACUCGCCUGAAACACCGUGCAUAUAAUAUUAUCAUAGUGUUGUUAGACUUGAAUUUUAUUAAUUGUAUUUUAUUUCUCCGAGAACGUGUUAUGUUGUAAACUUUUAAAUAAACCAAAUGCAAAUUAGUAAUAGAAA